AUGAAGGCGACCGUGUCAGGCGUUUUUCUCCUUCUGUGUCUCUUCUGUGUCAAUUUGCCGGGUGUCACCAUGAACUUUGAUCCGUAUUGCGGUGGUCACUUGGCCGACUCUAGAGGCGUUAUACACACACCGAAUUUCCCAGGACCGUUUCCGAUUCCGAUCAAAUGUCGCUGGGUGAUCGACGUGUCCGACAUCCCGUCGACCAACAGCUCCAUCGUCGUCUACCUGACGCAGCUCUACGUCUUCAAGGGGCUCCGCUUUACCGAAUACGCGUACUACGAGUCCGAGACGAUGAAUUUCGGAGCGGCCCUGGUUAAGGAGGUGACCGAGGGUAAUGUUUUCGAGUAUCGACGCCUCAGAACGUUCAGACCAUUCCUGGUGGUCGAGUUUGAACUUGAUCGGCUCGAGGGUAAUCAUGUCAGGGUGUUGAACGAUCUGCUCGACGUGUACGGAUUCAACGUAACGUACGAGAUGACCGAGGAACAUCCGAAUCCCGAUUCCUGCACCAUACGUGACUGCUCUUUUGCGGGCAACUGCCUCGUUUCUGGGGAUUACACGUCUUUUUGGUGCGAUUGUUUCGAUGGUUUCAGCGGACGGAGCUGUAACGAAGGUCCGUUGUGUUUUAACGAUGAACAUAUUCCAGUUUGUCAAAACGGAGCUACAUGCAGACAAAUUGGAGCAGAAGCAAUGCACUGCGAUUGUCCGGAUGGUUAUGUCGGGCACAAUUGCGAAACUCGUCUUUUAGACACUUCAGACACUGAAUGCGCUUCGGAAAAUUGCAUAUUGCAAUGUCCUGUUGACGAGCAUGAGCCGCCAUGCACUUGUAAAGACAGCACGAAGAUAUACAACAAUCGAUCGAGGUACGAAUGCAGAAUUAAGCUAUCGAACGUUACGUCUCUCCGCACUGGUCUGAUAUCGCAACACGGAAGUUUGGAAUCAUUUGUCAGCAAGCAGCUUGCAAAGUACUUAAGGAACUCCAAUAUCACUUCCAUGGAGGAAUUAAAAAUCCUGAACGUGACACCAACGGCCGAAGUUACUUUUCAUUUUUUCGGAAAUUCUGACGACGGGGAUAAAAUUCGCGAAUCUCUCAAUCGACUCGUACAACGUCGACGUCUCAGCGAAAUUGCAUUGGAAUCCACGCACUUUACCUUUCAGCAAAAACCCGCGCUCAAAUUGCAGAGCUUGCGUAUCAAUCAAGUGAACGACUACGAGGUUCACUUGGGAGAGCAAAUAAUCUUGUCUUGCGUUGCUCAAGGAAGCUACAGCACAAGUUUCACUUGGUAUAAAGACGGCAUGUUGGUGAAUACAAGCAAAGCGAUCAGAGAAAUUUGGAUUAGUCAUCUACCGAAUGACGGCUCAGAUGUAUGCACAUCGAUAUUAACGAUCGAGAAGGCGACUCUACUUGACGCCGGUCAAUACACAUGUCAGGUAGUUGAUUGGGGUGUUCAGCAAUGCAAAAGUAUCUACAUCGAGGUCAGAGAUGAGCCGGACGUGAAGGUGGUGCCGAUGAGCGCCACUAUAGAGAAAGGCAAUAAUAUACAGCUGACAUGUAUGACUCCUAAUAUGCGUAAUAUCGGUAUUGGAUUUGGUUGGACGAAGAAUCGCGCCUUGCUCAAAUUGGAGCCUGGUCAAGCGGUUUGGGAGGAUCUGUAUCCAGCGGGUAGCAUUCUGAAGAUCACUAAUACUCAGAAAUCGGCGAUUUAUACUUGCAACGUAGCACACAAAUCUAUGUCUGUACGAGUUGAAGUCAUGAAUCGGACGUUAAUACCGAUAUGCUUCAAAGCGAAGUCCUGGGGUUUACAAUGGCCAGACACUGCACCAGGAUCAGAGGCGCUGCUAGAAUGUCCCAGGUAUUUCGUAGGUCGACGAGUGUCCAGGCUCUGCUCGAUGAAAGACGCUACUACACCUGAAUGGCAAAUACCGGAUUUUUCAUCUUGCUUAUACAAGCCAUUAAUUUCACCAUAUGAUAAUUUCCGAAGUCUGACAUUGGGUUACCAAAAAACCAUGGGUUCGGACACAAUCCUCGCCUUUUGGGAGAUCUUACACAAACGUGCACUGCCGCUCUAUCCUGGCGAGGGCGAUCGUAUAAUGAGUAUGUUGGCAGACAUCGAUCGAUAUCAGCAUAGAAUCGAUUCACAGGAUGCAUACAUCUCCGCGGAGACUUUGAUUCACAUAAUAAAUCGCAUCCUAAGCGAUGAAUACUCAAUUUUGAGUCAAGAGAAACUAUCGGUGCUGCUUCACCUUACGCAACGCAAUUUAAUCCACUGGUCAAAACAGUUGAACGAUGGAUAUAAACAUCUGUCACUAUCAUCUAUGGUUCUAGAUAUUCAGCAACUGCAAUCUCAAAGUGGAGACAGUAUAACGCAUUCUCUUCAAAUACCUUCACCCGAUUAUACAUAUCCUGAUUGGUACGAGGAAAAAGUAGCUAUACGAUUAUGGAAGAAGAAGCAGCGUAAUAUAAAGUCUAAUAGCACAUUCAGUGGAAUCGUUAUCGUAUACAAAAAUAUGUCGCGUUUUAUACCAACAGCGUAUGUUAAGGAACUCGAUGAUGGCACAGAUCUAGAAUUUCGUAUCAAUUCUCGCGUGAUCGCUGUCGAGGUAUCCUCUUUUGACGCCGAUAAAUAUAACAAGAUAUGGGUUGAUCUGCAAAUUCGACAUUUACAAAAUCAGACGAGCUCUUGGAAUAUGUCGUGCGGUCUGAUAGAUACCACUGGAUCGUGGGAUCUUAAUACUUGCAUAACCAAUACGGUGUCUGACGAUGCAAUGACACAUUGUUUGUGUCCUACUACGGGGACAAUAGCUGUUUUUUUGACGACUCGCGCGGUAAAGGUAGUACUGGCGAAAACGGAGCAGACCACGUUCAUUAUAAUAUUCGGAUGCAGCAGUUGCCUUGUUCAGUGUUUGCUAUCUGCCCUGAUAUUAGGGGCUUUUUGGUGGAAGCACAAAAGCUGGUUAAAUUUUCUAAAACUCCAGUGCUGCGGUGCGCUAGGAGGCGCGAUGGCCAUCUUCAUUUAUGCCGUCCACACUAAUCUUUCAAAGUCAUCUUACUCGCUUAUAGCGAUAGGAUUAGAAGCGUUCCUACUCGUGGGCAUGUCCGCGCCUAUUUCUGAGGCUCUAAUAGUAUACGCAGAAUUUACGCAAAUUCGACCGAGCCAACAUCUUCAGCCGACAGUGAUCGCCGUAAUAACUGGUGUCCCGAUCUUGGCUGUAUUCGCAACCGAAUUAACGCACAAGAGUAUUGGAUUGCGACACGAAUCCUGGUGGCUCAUAUAUGGCAGCGGCGUCUAUAAUAUAUUUGUCAGCUGCGCCACGACAAUGUUUUUAGUAUUCAUGCUACUCUACAUGGGAGUGCUCCACAAAGUUCACACACUGGUGGAGGAGAAUGUGAUGAAGAAAGAAGCUAUAGAAACGAGAGUACGAAUAAUGCACCGCGCAGCUAUCGUCAUAUGCGGUAUCAUCGCCAUGGAAGCAUCUUCUAUUUUCUACAUAAAUUCAUCAUCCGUAAUUUUCCACUAUAUAUUUGCUUCCUUAUCUUUCGCACUGGGCUUCAAUAUAAUAAUCGUAUACAUCGUUAACGGCGAGAGUGCAAUUAUCGGGCCAAUGUUGCGGAGAAUCAGAUGGAAACGCAAUGCAGACGAGGAACACACAUCCGAGCCCAUUAAAGUAUGCUCGAAAGCUGACGCUGAGAUAGAAAACGAUUCGGGGACACCCCCGGCGCCGUCUUCGAUCAUCGGCGAGCCGUAUCGGGAGGUGCGAGGCGUCGCCGCGGGUAGCAUAGAUAUGCGCGAAUUCGUGUCAGAGUCUUCGUCUACUUAUGCCAAGUCCACCGUCCCCGCGACCAGCAGAUUCCUGCCGGAAAUCCGAAUAGAUCAUUCGGACAAUAUCGAUCUUGAGAACUACAGCACGAGCCCGCGCAAGUACCAGGAACCGCCAGUAUUCGUCGACCCGACGUUCCUCGCGCGCAGCUCUCACUGCGUCAACGAGGUGGCGACCUACGGCGUUAACGAACGCGGUGGCUUUCGCAGCGAUGUUUCGAGCAAGUAUCGUGGCGAUGGCAAAACUGCAUUUCUGCCGGUGGCGAGCGUAUCCUCCGAGUCUUCGGCUAAAGUCCUUUGCAGCGCCGACGUGGAGUCGCGAUUGGGCGCGAUGCCGGACGUCACGUUGGCCGUGAAGAGCGACGUUGAGUUAUCAUCGCGGACGAACGCGGAGCUAAAGAGUCGAGAGCACGUGGUGAGCGCCAUGCCAGACAUCGCCAACACGAGUGAGCGCAAGCAGCCCGAUGGCGAGGAGAAGACGCCGGAGAUUGUCGUGACAGCUGGUGGCUGCGACAACGCGACUAGUGGUAUGCUGGAUCGCAUCUCUCACGAUCUCGACUAUCUGCUUAAUCGCACACACGCCAAAGAGGGGGCUUAAAAUCUUCCAGGAUUAUGAAAAAGUAUAUGUGUAACAUGUAUGUGAAUAAGAUUGUGUAGAUUGUUAAAUUUGUACAAAACAAAUUUUGUCAUAAAUUUCCACAUAAAUAAGCAAGUCGCAGGUCACAUUUCGUGUAUCGUAGUUUAUUUAGAAUAAUUCGUCGAUAUUGCGUCGACUUUUCACUAUGUAAUGGAGACUCGAUAACGCGAUAUGUAUUAGAAGCGAUAGUAUUAAAAGCUGCAAACCAAAGUCUAAAGUACUCAUAUAUAAUCUUUUCUUAUUUCUCAUACUCUUGCACAUGUGCACCAGAGCGACAGACCAAUUGUAAUCUGAUCGCUAAAUCGACGCUGAUUCGUACAAGAGUCGAUACGUCAAGUAAUCAUUUCGCACUCCAUCUAUUUCGGAUUUUACUUUAAAUGUAUAAUCUCGAAACAUUUUCAUGCUCCAUUAUAGAUAUUUAUAUUUACAUUUAUUGUAUAUCGUGAGGAGACUUACCGUCCCUCAUAAUAAAUGAAUAGAACUAAAAAAAUUAU